AUGGAGGCUGUGUCAUUGGCGCUAGCUGUUGCUGGGACGUUGGAUUUUUGUGUCAAAUAUGGUAAAGUACUCGUCAAAAUUUGUCGAGAAAUACGGACCCUCAGCAAGGACAUCGAGCAGCUGGCAUUGAUCAUCGAAGGAAUUUGGCUCAAAACAGAGGUACAGGUCACCUUAUUGGGACGACUAUGGAGCUCUGCCUCUUCGUUAUAUCCUUCGUUACAAGCGCACUAUGCAGAUGCCAUCCAAGGUUUCUAUCAGCAGAUUCAUUGGGCUCGGGAUAUACUUCAAAAGAGCAAUGAUCGCCAGCUAUCAAGCUCCAAGCCUCUGGAAAGAGCCAAAGUGCUGUACCUAGUAAAAAGCCUCAAAAAGAUCGUGGCCGAUCUGGAACAAUGGCAGCGAAGGUUUGAUCCAUCAUGGUAUUUAAUCACACUUCUAUCAGCCUCGAAUAUUGAUGAGAAACUUCACGAUGGAGGGAGCACCCCUUUCUCGACGAGACUCAUCCAGAUCAGAAACGCUAUUCGUGGCGUCUCCGAACAGAGAAAUGACUCUACGGACUCGAUUUUCAAGUCGGAAGACUCUACGGGGAUGGACCGCGAUAAAAUAUCGGGCACGAAUACUUAUACCGCACGAUACAAUGGACGUCGGGUCCUGUUGGACAGAACAAACUAUGGAAUGAACGCCAACCUCCAGACAGUCAAAAGCCAUGUCCGAGAUCUGGCGCGCAUGCUCAUGCAUGUUGACCCAGGCUCCUUUGGUCUUCUCAAAUGCGUCGGCGCAGUUGAGGUCCAUCAUGAUUCUGCACAAACCUCCCCAACCACACAAUUUGAAUACAUUUUGGACAUACUGGACAAGCUCAAAUAUCCCAGACAUUGCGAAGCCUUCUGUUGA